UCGCUGCUCCCCGAGUUCGAUUAUUCCCAGUUAUCGCCGUAAUGGUAGUUGCUCGCCUCGUAAACACAGAGAAGUGACGUUCACCGCUGCACCUCCGUUCCCGUCUCGUGACAGGCUGUGAGACACGCGAGAUCGCGUCUCCCGGAUCCUCGCGUUCUCGACGAGCCCUUUUCUACACUUGAACGCGAAAGCCCGAGUAAAAUCUAUCGUAACAAUCGAGCGAUAUGGCCGCUGUAGCUCGCGAAUUCGUUCCGAUCCGCAGGAACUGAGCUCUCACGAGCUUGUUCCUCAACCGACCGAGUGAUCUCGUGGGACCGCUGCGUGGCGAAUAUCCCGGGUAUUCCCGAGAGCGAACCUCUCAAGGACGAUAGCUGUCGGUUUCCGAUAAUCAGGCAUGCACUCGACGCACCGUCUCGUAUCGUCGUCGCACCGUUGUUUGCCGGUGGUCGCCCUCGGAUGAACGUGCAUUCGUCGUUCAGUGCCGCGCCACCAUGAGCGAGAAGACUAGAAAGGUAGUAACCAGGUUCCAUCCGAUUCACGGUGACAAUAUCGUCCUGCGCGAGGACAACACUGUGGCGGUACGUACUACGAGCUUCGCCAACUCUGUAGCCUUCAGCGAGAAGCCGCUGCAACCUGGGGAGAUCUUCCUCGUGGAAAUCGAGAAGACGGAGAGAGGAUGGAGCGGACACAUGCGGCUGGGUCUCACCCUGAUCGACCCGGCUUCGGUCAACAAUAACCUGCCACAGUACGCGAUGCCCAAUCUUGUCAGACUGGGCAACACAUGGAUCUUUGCCAUAACGAGAAAUCAGACUAUUUGGGACUACACCGGCUAUGAUGAGGGCAUACCAUCCAGAGAGAAGAAACUGGUCACGGACGGGGUUAACGUUCAGACAUCGCGCGGUGUCAUUCCCUACAGUCUUCUGAGACCGAACACGCUUGGCUCUUCCCAAUAUAUAUUGCCUACGGAUGCUGGUAGUCGCAUAGGUAUCAUGUACGUGCCACAAGCAGGCUCUGACAAGGCGGAGAUGCACUUCAUUAUUAAUGGCGAGGAUCAAGGCGUAUGCGGGAAGGAUAUCCCUUACAAGGCUGGCCCUUUGCGCGCGGUGGUGGACGUCUACGGCACCACGAAACAAGUUCGGAUAGUUCAACUGUACGGGGUGUCGACCCUGCAGAGCGCGUGCCGCGACGCCAUUCUGCAGUACACGAAGAGGAACGCGGUGAAUCUGCUGCCGCUGCCGAGGUCGCUGAAGGACUACCUGUUGUACCAAUCGCAAUGAGAACCGGGUCACUCCCUUUCGCGGAGCGCGUCAUGAUCCUCUUUUUUCCUACUUCACACGCAGUGAUAUAUCUCUCUUCAUACAUGGCAUACGCGAUUACGCAUGUUCUGUUACAAUUCAAGACUGACGACGGGUCGACCCGUUAUGUUCGCGCACGAAUUCAUUCUUUUGUAUACACGUGUCUUUUCUACGGAUGGAUGGAUGGAUUGUCUUCUCGUCGAACGUGAAAUUCCCUUUUCCUCUCGCGCUUUCAAUUGUAAAUUCCCCCCUCCCCGGGAAGGGGAAACGGUAAAUCGUCGUGUGUAAAUAGUGUAACAAAAUGUUUGUCUCGCAGGAACGAAUUAAAGUAGAGAGAGAAAGAGAGAGAGAAGAAAGAAAAAAAAAAUGAAGAAGCAACAGUCACAAUCGACUCAAUGUGAUACAGCGAAAAAAUUGUGAGGGCGGCGGGCGAACGCGCUCGCGAACGCACGCCGUAAAGUGAUCAUCUGUAGGGCAUGCGUGUAUAACGCCAUAUGUAGGACUUAAGGCAUAAUCUUUUCCAUGGUUACUUUCGUUCCAGCGGAUACACCUCGUUUCUCCGGUCACGGAGAUACGGGACGUAGAGUUAAGUUUUGCAAUUCACGCUGUUGUACGAACAUGCGGGGAACGAAUGAGAUACUAAUAUAAAAGCGUCCAAAGGAAACCUGUUUUACAAAAAAGAAAAAAGAGAAGAAAAGAGAAGAAAAAUAAAUGUUCUUAUGAAAUAAUUUAUAAGAUA